AUGCACCUGCCCGGCUGCGCCCCAGCCAUGGCCGACGGCAGCUUCUCGCUCGCCGGCCACCUGCUCCGCAGCCCGGGCGGGAGCACCUCGCGGCUGCAUAGCAUCGAAGCCAUCCUGGGAUUUACCAAGGACGACGGGAUCCUCGGCUCCUUCCCGGAGGAGCGGGUCGCCCGGGGUGCGAAAGAGCGGGAUAGGAGGCCGGGCGCGCGGACCUCCUGCCCCAAGGCGCCUGCAGGAGGCGCCGAGCCCUCCACGCCGCCCGCCCCGGCACCGGCUCCCGAGUACGAAGCCCCUCGCCCCUACUGCCCCAAGGAGACCGGGGAGGCGCGGCCGAGCCCUGGGCUGCCUGUCGGACCCCCAGCCCCCGGCGACUCGAAGCUGUCAGAGGAGGAGCAGCCCAAGAAGAAGCAUCGACGGAACCGCACGACCUUCACCACAUACCAGCUGCACGAGCUGGAGCGCGCGUUCGAGAAGUCCCACUACCCCGACGUGUACAGUCGCGAGGAGCUGGCCGGCAAGGUCAACUUACCCGAGGUCCGGGUCCAGGUGUGGUUCCAGAACCGACGGGCCAAGUGGCGGCGGCAGGAGAAGCUGGAGGUGUCGUCCAUGAAGCUGCAGGACUCGCCCCUGCUCUCCUUCAGCCGCUCCCCACCCGCCGCGGCCCUGGCGCCCCUCGGGGCGGGCCCGGGCGGCGGCGGCGGCGGCGGGCCUGCGGGGGGCGCCCUGCCGCUCGAGUCGUGGCUCGGGCCGCCGCUGCCGGGCGGGGGCGCCACGGCGCUGCAGAGCCUGCCAGGCUUCGGGCCGCCGGCGCAGAGCCUGCCCGCCAGCUACACGCCGCCGCCGCCGCCGCCGCCCUUCUUGAACUCCCCGCCCCUCGGCCCCGGCCUGCAGCCCCUCGGGCCGCCGCCGCCGCCGCCGCCCGCCUACCCGUGCGGGCCCGGCUUCGGGGACAAGUUCCCGCUGGACGAGGCGGACCCGCGCAACAGCAGCAUCGCGGCGCUGCGCCUGAAGGCCAAGGAGCACAUCCAGGCCAUCGGGAAGCCGUGGCAGGCCCUCUAG